AUGAGAAUAUUUUAUUACAUCUUCUACUGUUUUUCAUCGUUAACAGCUACAAUCGCUCUCGAGUGUUAUAAAUGCCAAUCUGACAUCGACGCUGGAUGUGCUUUUGCUACUUUGAACCACGUUCGUCAAUGGGAUAUCGAAAUUUGUUCCGAAUGUGCAGUUUGGAUAAAGAAUCGAGUGACUUUUCGUGGAUGCAAGCCUAAUUCUGAAGUUGACCAAGUCGAAGGAUGUCGCUUAAAUUCCUGUAAUGACAUGAUUUUUCCGCGAAAUCGACUUCAAUGUUACCAAUGCGGCGGUAGAGACUGCAUUUUCCCCAAUAAAACUUAUUCGCCGCUGCCUUGUGAGAAUUUUGUGUCAAACGAUCAGUGUUACACGAUUGUUACAGAUUUAAAUGUCACCAAAAAUUACGUGAAGAACAUUUUUCCCUUCAAAACGUUCCGUGGUUGCAUGUCAGACGACGAAAAUUCCGCCGGAAUGCAGAAAUGUCGUGAAAAUCGUCGAUUUUGUGUCAAAUCUCGCACAAACGCGUACCCGGCAUACACAAAUCUCGCCUGCAUUCAAUGUCAAGACAACACAACGACAGCGUACCCGAAGAAUUGUUUCAACCAAACGGAGACAAUGCCAUGCAAAUCCAUUGUGGGUCGUGUGCCAGCGAAAUGUUACACGCGCUUCGAUGGCGAUUUCGUGACGCGUGGCUGCUACGAUGAAAAUGUCGCGCGCGAAUGCAACCAAGCCGGAAGGCAAUGUCAUGUGUGUCAACGGGCGGGAUGUAAUGGCAAAAUGUAUCGUGCGACGAAAUGCAGGAAAUGUGAUUCGAGGAACGACACGAGAUGCAUUGACGAUGCGUUCACGUAUGAUUAUGGGUUUUGCAUGACCGCAAAUGCUAAAGAGAAAUUGGCUUGUUAUCGAUGGGAAGAAGCUUUUUGUGGGAUUUUAGUUGUAGAUGGCACGAAAAUUGUGCAAAGAGGAUGCUGGCAUACGAUUAAGGAUGCGGCGAUGAAACAAGAAUGCAUGUUGAAUACGACGCGAUGUAAAAUUUGUGAUGGGGAGAAUUGUAAUAAGAAACUUCAUUUUCAGCGAUGCCUUAUUUGCGAUUCCCGUAUUGAUGACAACUGUUCGACGCUUAAAUCUUCAGAAACAAUCCCAACUCAAGUUUGCGACGAUUACAUGGAUGAAUGUCACGCCUCUAUCGAAUACGAUCCAAACACAAAAACCAACUACACAACCCGUGGAUGUCUUUCUCAAACCAAAAAAUCAUCUUGUACCCCUCCUUAUUGCCUUUCCUGCCCCGAAAACUCUUGCAACUCAUUUCCUGUUCCCUCAUCUCGCAUCAAGUGUCAUCAUUGCGACGAACGAAGCGAUCCUUCUUGUGCCUCAGACCUCAAACGAAACAUCAAAUAUUUGCAUUAUUGCUCCAAUUACAUCCCGCACGACGAACAAUGCGUCGCCUUUGUCGACGAAACAACGCAAAAACUCGUUCGAGGAUGCAAAAGUGACAAAAAUAUCGCCGAAAAAUGCGCAACUUUGGGUGAAAAGUGUCACCGAUGCUCGCACGAAAUGUGUAACAAACUGCCAAAAUACGCGAAACCGGGAAUUUUUUGCAUCAAAUGUCGCGGUGAUGGAUUGACAAGUGCCUGUGCCGCUGAAUAUCCCAUCGGGGACUCGGUGAUUUGUCGCUCGGAUGUGAUGCUGGGCGACAGUGAAAAAUGCUUCAUUGCCAUUUCGCGAGCGAAUGUCGUGCAACGUGGAUGUCUCAUCGAUAAUCGCAGGUCCAUUAACCGGAAUGACGUGAAAAAAUGGCAUGAAUGCGAUGCGAGCGGAUGCAAUCGAGAAAAUGUUCAACUUUUGCCAUAA